AUGACGACCGCGCUCCCACACCAGCACACGCUACGUCCUGGCCAGGAUCCCGCAUCACCGCACUGCGACCUCUACGUCCACCCGGCCUCGGCAGACAACCAUGGCCUGCUCCAGCUCGCAAGCCUCCACCGCGCCGCAGAAGUAGCCCGCUUCCAAUGGAGGCGGCAGCAUCCUCACCUCGAUCCCGCAAAUCCACCACCACCACCUACCGCACAGUCCACUGACGCAGCCACCGCUACCAACGUCGAAACACCCAACCACACCGGCGCAUCUCCUAGCCGCACCGGCACCGGCAGGUCGCUCGCCAGCGCACACCGAAGCGACAGGCGCGUCUACAACAACACCGUCAUCGCCCUCAACGCCGCACAGUCGACCUUUUUCCGACAGCAGCAGCGACAGGCGCGUGGCACCGCAAGCGGAAGCGGAGGCGGAGGCGGAGGCGGAGGUGAAGGCGGCGAUCCCUCCAUCGACCUCGCCACCAGGAUCCACGAGUUUGCCACCCUGCUCGACAGCGAUUCCGGAUCCGGCUCCGAAUCCGAGACCGAUCGAGCCGGCAUCGCAGCCACUCCCGGCCGUCGUCCCGAUCGAGGCACACCACGGUCAACCACCGGCGGCAUCGACCGCGGAAUGGGCACGACAGGUGACAGGCGCGGAAUGGCCGAGUCCCGCUCCGCCUCUCCAGAUGUGCAGCGCCUCUGGAGGGAGCUGAGAGAACGAGAGAGGCAGCUCCGAGAACAGCACCGGCAGCUGUGGGGCGAGCAGAGGCACACCCGCCAGCAGCCAUUCUCCCCGCUCCAGGCUGAUGCCGAGACCGAGUGGCAGUGCUGGGACCGGCUGGUCAAGGACCUCGCACCCUGCUCUGAGCUGCGCGAGCUCAGCGACCAAGACACCGCGAGCACCGCCUUCCGCCCCUAUCACCUGCGCAACACCACUCUCUCCGGCCUCGCCAUCUCGUUUCUCAGCCAUCAGGCGCAGAACGAGACCCAAUCCGGCCGCUCCAUCUCGCUGCCGCACCCCAUCUGGUCGAGGAGGUACAAGGGCCCGGCUGGCGUGUGGCUGCGCAACGAGCUGACGAGGCGCAGCCAGGCACCCCUCAGCGAGCGCCUUCCCGCAUCCGGAGCCGGUGGUGGGGCCAUAUCGUUUCCCUCGCUCGACCCCGAGCAGCGUCCUGGCAAUGCGGCAGCUGGCACUGCGUCGAGCAGCAACGUGUCCGUCUCCGCACCCGCUGCAGCUGUCCAGGCUGCCACCCCGCAGGACUGGUCGUCGUUCCUGCUACCCAGCAGCGCCACCCUCCAGUCCCUUUCCACCGCGAGCGCCAUGCUGGCGGCAAGGGUCACCACGACCAACCCCACGACUGCCGACACGCCCGACGAAGACAUGCAGGACGCCCAGGCGGCACUGACCCGUACCGCGCAGAGCGUCGAGGCGCACCUUCAGGUCUCGAGGAUGGCGCAGGCCGUCCGCUCGCGAGGCUUGGAGCCUUCGGCCACCGCCGCGACCACGUACGGAUCGCGCAAUCGUACCGCAGCCUCUGCAGCGGGCUCGGCCACGCGAUCCGGCCCCAGCCGUCCGCGAUCAACGCGCGACGCCCUCGCUUUCCUCAACCGGCUGAGGGCGCAGGACGGCCUCCUGCCGGGGAGCGCAGCCAGCAACACCAACAGCGGCGGCGGCUCUGGCGGCCGGUCCACCAGUAACGACCGUUCAAGCCAGAGUACAGGCCUCGACACGCCGACGCCCUUCACCUUUGCACGUCCGCAGCCGGCCAGCGUCGCUACGACACUGGCCCCUGCCCCCUUUGACCCGGAUGGCAGCAACAUGGACGCCUGGCCAGAUGCACCGCGGCCCUACCCCUCAUCGUCGUCGACUUCGUUUGCCUCGCCCUACUCUGCCGCCAAUCUGGCCGCGACGGGCGGUCUUCUGGAUCCGGACGGCGAGUGCUACAGCGAGGCCGCGCCGCGCUUGCCGUCGGGCAGCAUCGCGCUGCGGCGCGAGGCCGAUGCGAGGCGAGCACAGAACCGAUCGGCGCGUGUCAUGGCCGACGACGGGCCUCCGCCUAGGCUUGGAAUGGACGGAGCGAGGUCUGGCGACGAAGGACCGACAGCAGCAGAAGGCGGCGCUCCGAGUAUCGACGGGUGGUACCUCGUCCCCUCUGCCACUUCGGCCAUCACCGGCAACAGCGGGCGCGGGACAGGGUCAGCAGCGCUCGACGCAUGGGUCCCGGGUGAACCCCAUCCAUUCUACACGGUCACGGAGCCGGUCGGGCCCGCUCCUCCCGCCUUCGCUGUCACCGAUGAGUCGACUGGCAGAGACGCCCCCACGACGGCAGCAACAAACGCGUUCCACGUCUCCGGACCGCUGCCUACAGCGACUGCACCGGCGGUGGCAGCGCAGCGGGGCGAGGGGGGCGGCGACGAGGCGAAUCCGACGACCGAAGUGGGCGAGAUGAUGAUGCUCGACAAUCCCAUCCGCCGCACCUCGCCGCUCCCGCUGGCCAACCACACGAGGAGCUCAUCAUCAUCGACCUGGACUCCGGCUCUCGCAUCCGAGCCUGCCGCGGCGGCAGCAGGCAACGAUGCCACCUCGGGGCUGCGACGACGCAACGAAGUCAUCCUCAACCAGGUCCGGAACGCCUCGUUCUGGUCGGGCAGCCAGGCAGAGAGCGACUUUCUCGCCCAGACGCAGACGCAGACGCAACAGCCCGUCGCCAGCACGUCGUCUUCUUCUUCUUCCCCUGCUCCUGCGUCUGCGCUCCAGCGCAUCGAAGCAGGCGAGCAGCGCGAUGAGGGAUGGAGAGCCUGCAGGUGA